UACGAUCCGUUCGUUUGUAGCAUUAUAACGUAGUUCUUAUUUUUAGAAUCCGAAAAAUUUUCUUAAAGAAAAAUCCAAAUUUUUCUUUGAAAAGCAUUUCGCUUAUUUCUCUUUAAUGUGGCAAAAGAAAAUCUGAUUCUUUGCAUAUUCGAAUCGUCGGCGAAUCUAUCAAUUGCAUCUACACCACAAAUUAAUUCAACGCAAUAUACUUUUUUCGGAGUUUCGCCACCUGCUGUAAACGAAUACAAUGUUUUAUGUAUAGUAAAACGAUUGCGCUAUCCCCCCAUGCAGAUGGUUUUUCAUUUAAUUUUUGCUCUAAAGAAACUUUCUAAUAAUCGUCCUGGGAAGAGCGGCCAGCCAUGGAAACGUGGAUGCGAAUAUCGUUGCUGUUGUGUGUGUGAAUGGAGAAAUAUUACGGCCGAAGAUGUGACAAAGGAAGUGUAUCCGUAUGCGACAUACUCAUAUUUGUCGCAGCUUGUCGUCGCAUUUCUGAUCACCGAUAUGCUGAGAUACAAACCCUUGAUAGUUGUUUCCGCUUGCUUCGGAAUUGUGAUAUGGAUCAUGUUAUUAUGGACGGAAAGUCUGGGAGCACUGCAGACUGUUGAAGUGUUUUAUGGAACUUAUAUGGCCACCGAAGUUGCAUAUUACACGUACAUUUAUGCUAAAGUGGAACGAGAUAAGUAUCAACAAGUAACUGGCUUCACAAAGGCUGCUGUUUUAUGUGCUCGUUUUCUCGCUGGUGUUGUUGCACAACUGUUAGUCUCAUUUCACUUAAUGGAUUUGAGAGAAUUAAAUUAUAUUUCACUGGGAUCGCAAAUAAUUUCCCUGGCAUGGGCAUUAUCACUUCCUGCCGUCGGUGGUAGCAUGUACUUUCACACGGUGACUGAAACCCAUUUGCCCCGGAAUUCGAGUGUGCCAAUAAAACUUUCCCGUGCCAUCAAUCCAACGGAUAAUAGGAUCUUCACACAAGAUGGAAUUAACUGGAUGAAAUUCAGGCGAGCAUGGCGUUUAUUAUGGAAUCAUUUUACGAUUUCCUAUUCCAAUCCGGUGGUGAUACAAUGGAGUUUCUGGUGGGCAUUGGCGAUGUGUGGAUUUAUGCAGGUACAACUUUAUAUACAAUUUCUGUGGCAACAAAUUAAUCCCGACCAUGCAAACAUUUAUAAUGGAGCUGUUGAAGCUGUGCUUACAAUAUUGGGUGCAUUGGGAGCAUUUGCUGCCGGUUAUUUAGAUAGCAAAAAAUUUGAUCGCUGGGAUUUGUGGAUUUUAACACUUUGUUCGACAAUAGAAGGAUGCACGUUGAUAUGGGGCGCAUUAACCGAUAGCGUUUGGAUAUCAUACAUCGCCUAUGUUAUAUUUGGUACAAUUUAUUAUUUUAUGAUAACCGUAGCCAGUGUAAAUAUUGCCAAGAAAUUACUCGAGGAUAGUUUCGCAAUGGUGUUUGCCUUCAACACGAUGGCGGCCCUAAUGUUCCAGGCAUUGUUAACUGUUGCUGUGAUAUCGAAAAGUGGUUUUGAGCUGAAAGCCAGAGAGCAGUUUGUGGUUUACGGUGGUUAUUUUAUUGCAUUGGCGGUUGUUUAUGGCAUAACGAGUAUAGUGAGCUCCAUAAAAAGAAUAUGAAAGGAUUAGCACUGAAUAAAAAGACAUUUUCGAUGGACAUUUUGUUACGUGAAUUAGAGCAUUUUGUUGCGAUGAUAAAAUGUCAAUGUAAAUUGUAUUAAACUUACUAAUUUAACUUAUUUUAACUAGUCAUCAGCUAUCGCCAAUAACGACAAGAAUAAGCGAU